CGUAGGAAACAUCACUAGUUGGUUUACCAAUAUAAACUACCAGCUCAUUUGGCUGAUUAUCAUUUUCUUUCAAUCGUUCAUCACAUUGAGACGGUUCUAUGAUAAUAUUGGCGCUGGUGUAAAAAAAAAAUCAUCUUCGUUCGGAGAAGCCGUAAAGGUCAAAGUAGGAGUCAUGAAGACGUUCCUUCUAUUCUCUAUCCUAUGGGCUUCCCUUGCAUCGGGACAUGCCAUAAUUUGCAGGACGUGCGCUGGGAUGAUAUCUGACGAUCCAAGCUUCCCUGUGCCUGUAGAUCCCGGUACAGUGACGUGUUCAGAGACCCCUCAAGAAAAGACUUGUGAAGAAGGCGUUACCAGCUGUAUGACGACGAUUGUUGCGUUGCACUUUGCUCGUGCAUCCGGACCACUGACGCUGACACAAGAAGUUCGGGACUGUGGACCCUGGAUAUCUGGUGUUCUUCCUUCCGGGGACACAUGCGCAGGAGAAGAUAUUGUCAAGACCAUCCUGGGUCCAACUGACGCGAGUACAAUGUUUCCUCCAGAACUUGGACUGACGUAUGAGAGCCAGGACGCCAGCAUCUGCUUAUGUGACAGCUCAGACAAUUGUACACCGCCCUCUCCUGGAAUGAUUAUCAAUACAACUGAUACCACCGAGGAAACUGUACCCCCAGUAACAAGCACUUCAGAUGUCCCGUCUGUCUGCCCGAUAGCCGGAGAGUGGUAUGUAGAUUGGGACAGUUCCUUUGCCUGCCUAUCGCAGUAUCCGAUCAGCGAACCUUUCGAGGUCCCUGGCCAAAUUCUUCCUCGCUUGGCAGUAUCAGAUGUCAUUGAAGCUGCCGGCGCUGCUUGGAAAGCCACGAGCCUCAUAGAAGCUGAAGGCGAGGUUUGCGUUCGAGUACUCCCUCAAUUGACUGUGGCUCCGGGUGGACUAGACAUCGUAAGAGGGUAUUGCGAUCCAAUCUUGUCGUUUUUGAGGGAAGGGACAUCUUUCGACGCCCUAGCACACUGUAGGUAUAUUCUAAACAUAACAGGAGCUAUGUCGUCAUACAUGCCACAAACGUUCCCAACGACCCAACCAUUAACAUCUGUAUCAAAUGCACUACGCCCAUUCGACUUCUUAGAUCACAUUGAAAAGAUCAUUUAUAAUCUUGUCGGUGUAUCCUUCAACGAUAUAGACAAUGUGUGUACAGCUCGUGUCGGAAUCGUUGAAUCUGAGUCAUCAUUGAAAGAGCUUACAACCGAUUUCCUCGUGGCGUUUACAAAAGUCGUGAUCCCUAGAGCUGCAGAGUUGUGUGAAACAUGGGAUGACCUUGUUAACGGGAUAGUUGAGGCAGUUCAGGGUGAUAAUGCCCCUGACAUGUAUGGCGUGUUUCAGAAUACCUCCAAUCUGCUGGCGCAUCUGAGUGGUUUCACAGACAGGAAUUCCCUUUGUCAAGAGAUCCAAGAGGCUUUUGCCUCACCUCCCGAAUCUCCUGCUGUUGAUCACGUUGCUGCAUAUAUAACCAACAGCACACUAGACAUUUUAACCGAUGUCAGUCGUUGUUCAAUCAUAGCCCAAGAAGCUUUGGAUAUCUUCCUUGCUCUUAAUCCAGAACUCACACAUGAACAGGUGGAAUCUGCCCUGUUUCAGUACACAGGAUUCAGAAGCGUACAGGACGUAUGCCAGGAAAUAGAAGAUGCUUUUCUUCCUGAAGUUGAAGUAAGGCUUGUCGGUGGGAGCGACAACACGGAGGGAACCGUGGAGGUUCUUUUUAAUGGAGUUUGGGGAACUGUGUGUGAUGAUUCCUGGGAUAUUAGAGAUGCCAACGUUGUAUGCAGGAUGCUAGGUUUCCCCAAAGCUACCCGCGCUCCAUUGCUUGCCCAUUUCGGAAUCGGGACGGGGAUCAUCUGUCUGGAUGAUGUCAUGUGUAGCGGGGUCGAAGAGAACAUAGCCGACUGCCAGCAUCGGGAAAUAGGAGAGAGUGACUGUAGAGUUCACGAAGCUGCUGGUGUUGUUUGCCUUCCCCAAGAACCUGCCAUCACUGACAUACGCCUUGUUGAUGGAGGAAGUGAUUAUGAAGGAAGGGUGGAGAUUGAGUUUGAAGGCCAAUGGGGGACCAUCUGUGAUGAUGACUGGGAUUUAGACGAUGCUUCUGUAGCAUGCACGAUGCUUGGAUUCACCGGUGCGACUGAUGCUCCGCUCUAUGGCCAGUUCGGCCCAGGAUCAGGUACUAUCUGGCUUGAUCAGGUUGGUUGCACUGGGAAUGAGACCACUCUUGCGGACUGUUAUCACGACGGGUUUGGAGAGACCAACUGCGACCACUACGAAGAUGCUGGUGUCAUUUGCAUUCCUCCAGUCCCACCUACACCAUCUGUUGAAGUGAGGCUAUUCGGUGGAGCUGAAAACACGGAGGGGACUGUUGAAGUGUUGUACGAUGGACAGUGGGGAACCGUCUGUGACGAUAACUGGGACCUGAAUGACGCCAACGUCGUAUGUAGGAUGCUUGGUUUCACUGGGGCUUCUGAAGCGCCUGGCUAUGCUCGAUUCGGAGAGGGUUCGGGUGAGAUCUGGCUCGAUGAUGUGGUAUGCAGCGGCAGGGAGCAGAGUAUUGCAGAGUGCCAGCACCCUGGAUUCGGAGUGAGCAACUGCGCUCAUUAUGAAGACGCUGGGGUCGUUUGUGUUGCUGAAGAACAUACGAUUACGGACAUACGUUUGGUUGGUGGAGAGAGCGACCUUGUAGGGAGGGUCGAGAUCGAAUACGACGGAGAGUGGGGAACCAUUUGUGACGACGUCUGGGGCUUGGACGAUGCCAACGUGGUUUGCAGAAUGCUCGGAUUCGAUGCGGCUUCGGGGGCACCAGGAUCAGCGCGCUUCGGCCAGGGUUCCGGUAAUAUUCUCCUGGAUGAUGUAGAAUGUUUGGGUAACGAACUCAGCCUCACAGAAUGCAGUCACUUGCCAUUUAAGGAACACAACUGUGACCACUCAGAAGAUGCAGGUGUCAUUUGUGUUAUCGCAGAGCCGCAGACGCCCAAGCCAUCACCAUUCUGCACGAUCACUGACAUUCGGUUAGUCGGGGGUGGUACGGAUCACGAGGGACGGGUUGAGAUAUACUACAAAGAAGAGUGGGGCACUGUCUGCGACGAUGGUUGGGGCAUCGACGACGCUUCUGUGGCCUGUAGAAUGUUGGGUUUCGAUGGUGCUUCAAAUGCGUCAGGUUUGGCCCAGUACGGAGAGGGCUCGGGUAGGAUUUGGCUCGAUGACGUGGAGUGCAUCGGAGACGAGACAACACUACUGGACUGUAACCACCGUACCCCUGGACAACAUAAUUGUGGCCAUUCUGAAGAUGCCGGGGUGACAUGUUUUUCAAUAGAGCCAACAAUACCGGAAACAACACCCAUGACAACGAUAUCAACGACACCAACUCCACCAUCUCCCAUUGAGGACAUCCGAUUGAGCGGAAGUACUAUCUCAUCGGAAGGAAGAGUUGAAAUCCUGUAUAAUGGAGAAUGGGGAACUAUUUGUGAUGAUUAUUGGGAUCAAGAUGAUGCUGAUGUAGCUUGUAGGAUGUUAGGUUUCGAAGGAGCGACUAGUGCUCCAGGCCAAGCCCAGUUUGGAGAAGGUUCUGGUGCAAUCUGGCUAGACAAUGUGAGGUGUGUUGGAACUGAGACCAGCCUAGCUGAUUGUCCUCGCCCAGACUUUGGAGACCACAAUUGCGGUCACUCGGAAGACGCCGGAGUCGUUUGCCUCAAUACAGUUACAACAACCAUCCAUGUAACAACUGUAUCACCGUGGACAGCACCAGUACGAUUGGUCAACGGUGGUUCACCAACGGAGGGUCGCGUGGAGAUACUGCACAAUGGCCAAUGGGGGACAAUCUGCGAUGACUAUUGGGAUUUAGAUGACGCCACAGUUGUUUGUAGCAUGCUAGGCUUUGGCCGGGCUGUAGACGCACCAACAAGAGCUCACUUUGGACAAGGAACGGAUCCUAUAUGGCUUGAUGAUGUCAGGUGCGUGGGAGAUGAGUCCGAGUUGACAGACUGUCCGCGCAACGCAUUUGGAACCAACAACUGUGGCCAUUCCGAAGAUGCCGGGGUUAUUUGUUCAGCAGUGCCAGUGCCAGAACAAACGGUUCGUUUGGUUAAUGGUGAUUCUGACAACAACGGACGUGUAGAGAUCUACCAUGACGGGGAAUGGGGAAGCAUCUGUGAUGAUUACUGGGGCCUCGAUGAUGCUACAGUAGUUUGCCGGAUGUUGGGUUUUGGUGUUGCCACAGAAGCGCCGGGAUCGGCACGGUAUGGGCAGGCUUCGGGUCGUAUCUGGCUUGACGACGUCCAGUGUUCGGGAAAUGAAGCAGACAUAAGGGACUGCUCACACAGAGACUUUGGAUCUCACAACUGUGGUCACUCUGAAGAUGCAGGAGCUGUUUGUUCUUUUGCAGUUUCAACGGCAGCACCAACGGCAGCACCAACACCUCCAGCCCACACGGUUCGUUUGGUCGGCGGAAAUGGGGACAACGAAGGAAGAGUUGAAAUAUUCAUCAAUGGCGAAUGGGGAACUGUCUGUGAUGAUUCUUGGGGCAAGACCGAUGCUGAUAUUGUGUGUAGAAUGCUCGGUUACUGUGCUGCAUCCAUUGCGCCCGGCUCGGCUUACUUCGGAGCUGGGGAGGGCCAGAUAUGGCUCGAUGAUGUAGCGUGCACAGGGGAAGAGACUGAUCUGUUAGACUGCCCUCACCGGGGUGUCGGGAUUCAUAACUGCAAUCACAACGAAGAUGCGGGAGUCGUCUGCUUUACCAACGCGCCGGGUCCUGUGUUUAAUGACAUUCGAUUGAGCGGCGGAACCUCUAACAAGGAAGGACGAGUUGAAAUUCUACACGAAGGACUAUGGGGGACGGUUUGUGAUGACCUUUGGGGCAUAGAAGACGCAUCGGUUGUGUGCAGGAUGCUUGGGUUCUGUACUGCAAGCAGCGCACCCGGUCAGGCUCGGUUUGGACCCGGUUCAGAUCCGAUUUGGCUUGAUGACGUAUCAUGCACCGGAAGUGAAAAUGACCUCAGAGACUGUCAGCACCGAGGAUUCGGAUCUCAUAACUGCGGUCACAAUGAAGAUGCGGGGGUUAUUUGCAUUCCAAGUGCCAGCAAACCUGAGACGACAACUCCAGAUGGCACUACGACUGAAUCAGCACCGCCACCAACGACAACUCCAAUGGUGACCACACCCAUGCCUCGCCAGGUGCGUUUGGUCGGCGGUAAUGUGCCAUCCAGAGGUAGGGUAGAAGUAACAGACAGAUAUGGGAACUAUGGAACUAUCUGUGAUACCUACUGGUCCCAAAACGACGCUGAUGUCGUAUGUAGAAUGUUGGGCUACGGAGGCGCAUCGUCCUAUUCGAACAAUGCCGAGUUUGGACAGAGUAGAGGACGCAUUCUGCUUGAUGAUGUUCAGUGCAAUGGACAGGAAACAAACAUUGCCAACUGUCAACUUCAUCCAAACGGGGGCUGGAACUGCGAUAAGGAUAAAGAAGUCGGUGUCACUUGCAGUAUUCCAGAACCGUCUGAGUUCGAGAUCCGCCUAGUAGGAGGCAGCUAUCCCUGGGAAGGUCGGGUAGAGCUUUUCUACCAGGGGGAAUGGGGGACAAUCUGCUCGAGCUACUGGGGUAAAAAGGACGGAGACGUGGCUUGCAAAAUGCUUGGUUUCAGCAGUGCCUAUGAAGCGAUAUCUCCGACAGGCGCUCUCUAUCCAAUGCCCUUCGGUGAAGGCACUGGGACAAUCCAUUUCAGUGAAUUUGGUUGUGACGGAACUGAAGAGAACUUGGCCGACUGUUCUCAUUCUGGAUGGGGACAACAUAACUGCUAUCACUAUGAAGAUGCUGGAUUAAUUUGCAACAGUCCAGACCCAGUCAGCGUUGUCGUUCGUCUCGUGAAUGGCAGUAGCAAGGCCGAGGGACGAGUUGAGGUGCUGUAUGACGGAGAAUUCGGAACCGUCUGUGACGACUCAUGGGAUACUCUUGAUGCUGCCGUUGUCUGCAGGAUGUUGGGAUAUGAGGGCGCUUCUCAGGCACCAGGAUAUGCCCGUUUCGGGCAAGGUAGUGGGGACAUUGUCCUGGAUGAUGUGGUCUGCCAGGGGACAGAGGAUAACAUAGCGAGCUGUGUCCACCGAUCUUGGGGCGAACAUAACUGUGGCCACACAGAGGAUGCCUCGGUUGUCUGCACCGGAGACUUGAACUUGCCCGUCCGUUUGGUGAAUGGCGCGACCGCUAACGAAGGCCGUGUGGAGAUUUUCCGAUACGGGGCCUGGGGCUCAGUGUGCGAUGACUUCUGGGAUAUCAACGAUGGUCACGUGGUCUGUCGUAUGCUCGGUUACGAACGUGCUGAACGCAUCUGGUGGGGCACAACCUACGGACCGGGAUCUGGUCGUAUCCUGUUGGAUAAUGUCGAAUGCACUGGUAGUGAGGCGACUCUCGACGACUGCGAUCACCCACCUUGGGGCGUCCAUGAUUGUAAUCAUUAUGAAGAUGCUGGGGUCGUAUGCAAGUAGUGAUUCUUCAGUUGGAAUAGGUUGGUCCUCAUGGGAAUAUUUGUCACGAGCUUCUGGUAAUAAAGACAACUGAUGUGCGCUCAAUACAUUUUUUUCUCAAUAUUCAUCCUUGGAUUUAUUUAUACCUAUCGUGUUUAGAGGUGUUUAAGGGAUUUAUUAACGCAAUGCUUCAUAUGGUUAGAGUUAUUUAUUUUGAAAACUGAACGAUGAUGUUGAGGUACAAAGGAAAAUACUUGUUUAGGUAGAUGUAAUUGUUACAUUUUCUUUAUAGUUCGUUCAAUAACGAUUGAUGUCAUAUUUCCUUGAAUAUACAGAACCUAUUUCUCUACAUUCUAU